CACAACAGCAAAAGACACUGACAGAGAAGAGCCACAGAAAACAACAGAGGAAAGGACAGGCGAAGCUACAAGCAGGGGGAGAACGUCAACAGUGGAGUCAUGGCACAUCAUCACUAUCAUCAUCAUCAUCAUCAAAGCUACAUCUUUCUUCUCGUUCUCUGUAUGAGAGGUAUUCUGGCUGGUGAUUGGUUAGUCCUUCUCCCCUCCGGUCCCGUUUGUGCUGUGGUUGGUUCCUCAGUAGUCCUGCCUUGUUCCUAUGACUACCCGCAUAGCUCUGAUGAAUUCAAGGCAGAUGGGAGAGUCUCUGCGCAGACAGGAGGCAAUGAAAAAGGACAGGAGUACAAAGUUCUGUCAGAGAUGUGGUGUCUUGGAGACAGCCGCUGCGUUACAGAGAAAUACGUGUUCCACAGUGCCGGUAUCUUCCCUGACCCAUCUUAUCAGAACCGGGUACAGUACGUGGGACAACCAGGAACCAAGAACUGCUCUCUGAGGAUUUCCAAUCUCACAGAGUCAGACAGUGGAACCUACGUGUUUUACCUCAUUACCAACCACACAACGGAGAAGAUGCCUCCGCAGACUGGAAUACAACUCCUAGUGGCAGAAUCCUCCAGAGCGGUCGCGGUCUCAGCAGGUCCGUCCCGUGUCGUCCCUGAGGGUGCAGCUUUAAGCCUGGCCUGCUGCACCCCAGCAGCCACUUCACAAAGUCACUUCAGAUGGUACAGGAGCACAGAUAGCAGGGUUGUACAGGUUGGCCAGGUGUGGCAUAUCCAUGGAGUUACAUCUGCUCAGUCUGGCAGCUACUACUGCCAAGUGCAGACUGGAGAUAAGAAGCAAAACUCAACAGUUCUUACAAUCGAUGUGCAAUACCCACCUCGAAACACAGUCAUCACCAGGGGAGCAGAGGAGGAUCAUCCUGUGAGUCUGACCUGCAGCAGUGAGGCUAACCCACCGGUGCACACCUUCGUCUGGUACCAGGGUGCAGCAUGUCUGCCAGCAGACAAAAGCUUUCAUCGAGGAAGACAAACGCCGGCUACAUUAACAGGAGGAGGCCAAACAUUCAGCACGGCCAACAUCACCACCGAGGAGUACGGACAGCACUGCUGUGUCGCACGCAACAGAUGUGGAUCUCAGACUAACAGCAUGACUCUGGUCGAUCCCAGAGCAACAACUUCAUCGGACUCUUUAGGAAGCAAAAUGGUGCUGAUUGGAGUAACUGCUGGCAUCCUGCUUGUUAUUGUUGCCAUAGUUGCCUUUCUACUGACAAGGAGAAAGACAGCCAGAGGUCAGUCAUAUGUCCUGACUGGGACAACGGCCACAGAACCUUGAGGACUCAGAGUUAAACCAGGACUGUUUUUAUUUUGUAUACUAAAUAUGUAAAGAGCUAACAUGAGAGGACCAACACAUUGUGUCGCCAUGUACCACUUUCCUGCAGUUACAAAGUAUAACCUGUUUUGUUUUUUUUGUUUUUUUUUUUUAAAAAUAGGCUCCAGAUGACAUUCGCCUGCAGAGGCCUAAAAGUGUCACAAAUCCAAACAAUAAAUUGUCCACUCCUGUCGGUGUGCAACCAACCAUGCUGCCUCUUAAAAAUCUAAAAAGCACUCACUGUGUGAACCGACUGUGAGACUCUGUAGACUGCCUGGUUCCCUUAUUUACACCUGCCAGUUCCUUGCAAACUGAAUCAUUUCUGGGUUUUACUGUAUGGGUGCUAACCUUUUCUUUAGUCAGUAGGGGCACAUAAAUUGCAAGAAAAUAAUAAACCUGUGUUUGGUGCAGUUACAUUGUUAUAGUAGUUUUCCUCCUCCCAGUGAUGGGUAAACGUGAAUUUGAAUACUGGACAUGCACCACAGAUCAUUACAGACGCAGACCACAGAUGACAUCCGCAGUCGUUUACGCCUUUGAUAGUUUUCUAACAAGGUCUGUGCCGCCUAGAAGUUCCUUCUUAAUAAAAGAUGUCCCAUGGUUAAUGUAAUCAUGAAGACAGGAAAUACAGUCAGCACAACCCCAUUAGGGCUCCGGUCAGUGAGAUCAGUGUAAACUUUGGGUCAUGGUAGAUACUCACCAAGGCCUAAAGAAGAGUGGAGGGGGGGAGGAUAAAAACCAGGAGGACAGUGACUCUGUAUCCGGCACAACCAGUUACUGGAUGCCCUCGGCGAUCAGUUCUUAUCCUCAUCAGUUUAUUUUUGGAAAUGGCCUCUUCAACCAAGACAGAAAAUGUGAAGUAAUCAGUUUUUUUGUAUAAAUGAAGCGAUAAUAAGAACAUCAAGCUUACACCAUUACAGGAAAAUAAUGUUUAUUUGGUAUGAUGCUUUUUCUUUACAGCGUUUUUAUUUCUUCCUGCAAAAACAGACACUUCACAUUCAAUAAUUUCUUUUUUUUUGAAACUUUGCAAUCUGAUUUGUUUGUCAUGGAAAGUAUUUAUUAUUCUGUGGAGUAGGUAAGAUUUGAAUGUCUAGCCGAAUUAACAUUGGCAUAAACUUUGUGUUUAAUGUGUGCGUUCUCCCCAGAAGACGCUGUGUCAACUGUAUCGUGUUUUAUUUUUUAUUUCAUCUUACUGUUUUUAUUUUGUUCAGCAUUUUUGUAACAGCCUGUUGUUUUUAAAUGUGCUUUAUA